AUGGCGGUCGGUCCCAGCCGUUCAGGGCGCGUUACCGUGGCAACGGUAAACGAGCGGCUCUACAAGGCGACAGCCAUGGCCUUCAUGCGGUAUGCAGACCCCGAGCUGAAACACUACAUCAAAAUCCAUUCAAUCCCGCAGAUCUAUGAGGCAUUGCUUACAGGUUUAUUUGUUCAGUGUCCUGAUGACCCAUUAGUAUUUUUGGAGGAGAAAAUAAAAGAAUUACAAAAUCAGAAAAGCCAAGCCUUUCUUUUGACAAAGGAAGGUCACCUCAAUUUGAGCUGGGACAUGUUUAUCACUCCUGAAUACAGACUAAGCAUGACAAAAAUGAUAGGCAGUUAUCUAAGCUAUCUUUUUGACCUGGAAGCAGGUGAGGUGCUUCCCCCAGAAGUGUAUAAGGCAGCAUAUCAGUUUUACUUAAACUUUUUACUGAAAAAGUACUUUCGUGAAUGGAUGAAUUAUAUCAGAAACAAAAGAAAAGAGCGGAUUAAACUGUCACAAGAUAUGAACAAGGCUCAAGAUCACUAUGUAAGGAACAAAUUAAAAAUGGCAUUUGAUGCAUGGUUGAAGUGGAUCCAGAUCCAAAGGAAAUGGCAUGCCUUGGCAAUGGACCAUAUACGCCAUGUCAAUGAUCAACUUCUGGCCAAGCUCAUUCUAAGAGAGUGGAGUGCAGUGACAAAAGUGGCAAAAAGUACACGAGAAUACUUUGAGCAACUGGAACGAGGGGAAUUGGAGGAUGAGACUGAUAUACUAUUGGCAAUGCCGGCAGAAGAGAAAGAUAGGAUUUCUGGAUUUCCAUUGGCAGUAUCACUAAAGAUGUUUAGUUACCUUGGUAUUAUGGAGCUUGCAAGAUGUGCGCAAGUGUGUCAAUCAUGGAAAGUAAUUACACAGACAAGUUCCCUCUGGAGCAAGCUUGACUUUUAUCCAGUAAGAAAAUGGAUUAAAGACAAUGAUGUAGCAAAUAUUUUGCGGAGGUACCGUUCUACUGUCAUCCAUUUGAGUCUCCGGGGAUGCAACAACAUUGGUCAGGCCACCUUCAAAGGAAUUAGUGGCUGCCGAAACUUACAAGAUCUAAAUUUAUCUGAAUGUAAAAAUAUAACCGAUGAAUUUAUGUCUACAGUGAUAGAAAUGUGCACAUCACUUGUGUACCUGAACAUGGCUUACACUACCAUUAGUGAUGCUACACUAAGGUCAUUGUCAAAGUUUGGUCUAAAUCUACAGUACCUGAGCCUGGCAUACUCAAAGCUAUUCACAAAUAAAGGUUUGAAUUACCUUGCCACAGGGAAGGGCUGCCACAAGCUUGUUUAUCUGGACAUUUCAGGUUGUACUGAGAUUUCAGUGAGAGGCUUUAAGUCAUUAGGAAUUGCUUGCAAUAAAAUUGAGCACCUUGUAAUCAAUGAUAUGGCAACACUUACGACCAACUGCAUCACAGCUAUGGUUGGUUACUACAAUAACCUCACAACAGUUACACUUCUUGGCUCUCCACACAUAUCUGAUACCGCUAUUAAAGCACUUGUCCAAGGCAACAAGCUUACCACAUUUAAAACUGAAGGUAAUAAACGUAUAACUGAUGCAACCUUCAAAAUCUUCAGCACCAGUUGCCCAAAUUUGAAUCAUAUCUAUGUAGCAGACUGCUCAAGAAUAACAGACAACAGCUUGAAAUUCAUAUCAACACUGAAAAAUAUCACUGUGUUGAAUAUUUCAGACUGUAUGAGUAUCACUGAUGCAGGUAUACGAAGCUUUUUGGGAGGGUUUUCAGCUCAAAAACUUAGAGAACUGAACAUCAGCAACUGCGUCUUAAUUACUGAUUUAUCAAUACUGAAAAUCGCACAGAGAUGCCUCAGCUUGACUCACCUAAGAAUGCGUUAUUGUUUGCACGUAACUGACAGUGGGAUUGAAUGGCUAGGAAGCUUGCCUGCGCUGACCAAUAUUGACCUGACAGGAACCAACGUACAAGAACAGAGUUUGUCAGGUCUUAGUAGCAAUCACAAGAUAAAGGAGCUUACAGUGGCAAAGUGCUCAGGAGUCACUGAUAAUGGAUUACAGAAAUUCUACCAUAAGAUGCACAAUCUGGAAUACUUGGAUAUCUCUCAUUGCCUCUCAGUGUCUGAUAAGAGUGUAAAGACUCUGGCUUUCUGUUGCCGAAGGCUCGUUUCAUUGAACAUCGCUGGAUGUCCAAAGAUUACUGACUUAAGUAUACAAUACUUGGCUGGAGUUUGCCAUUAUAUUUACUUCUUGGAUAUCUCAGGUUGUGUCAAGCUUACUGAUUCAAUAUUUCAAUUCUUAAAGAAAGGCUGCAAAAAGCUACGUAUCCUCAACAUGCUGUAUUGCUCACAGAUCACAAAGCAAUCUGUCAAAGCAACAACAAAUAUUCAGCAAUUGGAAUAUAGUGAUGACCAUCCUCCUGUAUGGUUCGGAUAUGAUGAACGAGGAAACUUCUUAGUCAACAAAAAGGACGAAGAUGAAAGUAACUAAAAAUGUAAUGAUCAGAGUUCUACAAAUGCUAGAAUUCCAGAUAUACAGUACUUAAUAAUAAGUGUACUGAAUCUUUAACUAUGACUGAUUCAUUUAGUAUCAAAAAAUUUAAAAAGUAGCACUAUAUUUUGUUGAUGAAAAAAAUUGAAGAAAUCAUAAUUAUCUUGUUUUCAUACAAACUGCAAUUAUAAUUAGAGCUGCAUCAAUAGUGUAUAUGUUUCUAAGCGAUAACCCUGGUAUGUCAGGGGUCACAGGUUGCAGUUCUUUAUGAUUUAUUUUACACAAUUCUCACUUACUUAGGCUUUUUUAACCUGACUAUUUCUAAACUUGAUGUCUUGUUCUACUCAAUCUUCCGCUGGAUUUUCAAGUUUUAAAAAAAUUUUAAAUGUAAAAUGAAACAGUUGUAAAAAAAAUCCAUUAAAACAAAAAGUUGUUUCAAAUGUUGAAGGUCUUCAUUAAAUUAAUAUAUAACUGAAUGAAAUCAUUUGAGCUACAGAGCUGAACAUGAAAAUCCUGCUCUAGAUUAAUAUUCAAAGCAAAAAAUAAAAUUAUAUCUGACAGGAAAGAUCAAUGACUGUCAUAUGUGGAAACAAUAAUAUGAAUCCACUCCACUGAUUAUCUAUGUGUUAUGUACGACAUGAAGCCUUAAUGGAAACAUCUGUAUGAUUAAGCAUGUGGAAGUCCAUACGAGGAUAAGCCACUUAUUUUGCAAGUUCUUGAUGACCUUUCAUUAAAUUUGAUUUGCCGCAGCUUUUUCUACUCCUGCCACCUGUACGUAACUGCUACAAUGAUGGCUCAAUGGAAAGGUUGAAAUAUGAAAGGUGUGGUGAUAGGAGAGGAAACUAUUUUUAUAACAUUUUGUGUGUACAACAAUAAAAAGCAAUCAAUCACUCUGGUUUAUUUAAGUUUCUAUCUCUAUUGUUACAGGUGAAGAAGAGUUCACCCUUUGCAAUCCGUUUAAGAACAUUCCCCUCUAGUUCCUCCCUACUUUACCACUAACUGGUUUCUCCAUCUGCAUCUUUUGACCUGGUCGGCAAACAUUUAAAGGGGCUACAACUCAUGUUCCAGUCACCUCACCUCCACUUAAACCCUACUUUUCCCAGAAUUCUUCUUUAUAGCAGAAAUAUCAUACCUCGGUCUCUUUCUCACCAAGCUCCUAAAUUUUAUUUAUUUCCACCAUGGAAUUCAGACUCCAUUUUAGAGAACCAGCUACUCCUUCAUCCCUAAAAUAACACAAGUUUUGGGUCCGCACAAUGCUGACCCUCCAAUUCCAACUUUGUAACCUUUUCUCAGCUUCAGUUCUUACAGUCGUAGCUCUGUAGUUGGGUACCCGUAGAAGUGUUACAGCAUAGAAGGUGACAAAUAGAUAAUCAAGUCUACACCAGCUCUUUCCACGUUGACCUAUAAAUAAUUCUCUUUCAAGUUUGUAUUCACUUCCAUUUUGAAGGCACUGAUUGAUUGCUUCCAUCUUUCCCAUUGCUAUUCCCUGGGUAAGUUUUUCUCUCUCGCAUUUAUUUCUUUUUGAUCAAAAUAUCAAACAUCCACUUGUUCUAAGAUUCAAUGACACAGUGGUAGGAUUAGCUUUCCCAUUUAUCCAAACCAGGCAUGAUCUUGUACUGCUGUAUCAAAUUCCCAUACGACUUACCAUGCUUAUUUUCCAUGCCCCUCUAUAACCUCACCUCAUUCCUAAACUAUGGCAACCUGAAUUGGGUUUGAGAUAGUCUGACCUCCAAUAACCACAACCAUCUUUCUUUGUGCAAGGUAGGAUUCUAGUAAUUGAAACAUUUAUGCGUUACUAAAUAACAAUAAAAGGGGACUGUGUGUCCUCAUAAUCAUAAUCAUAAUUUAUGCAUUACUAAACGACAAUAAAAGGGACUGUGCCUUCAUAUUCAUAAUCAUAAUCAUAAUUAUUAUAAUUUCCCCCAUAUCCCCCUUUGUCAGAGCUAAUUAGUCAAAAGGAGUCUUAAUGUCUAGUCUGUCAUUCCUAUCUACCCCUGGAAUUCAGCUUUUGACUCAUGUUUGGAUCAACACACUGAAGAAUUUUGGAGCCAAGUGAUCCUGAAAAAACCCAUCAACAAGCAGGCAGCAUCUGUGGAAAUGAACAAACAGUUAAUGUUUUGGGUUGAGACCCUUCUUCAGGACUGGAAAGGAAGGGGGAAGACACCAGAAUAUAAAGAUGGGGCGAGGGGAAGAGGGAUAGCUAUAAGGUGAUAGGUGAAGCCAGGUGGGUGGGAAAUGUUAAGGGCUGGAAAGGAAGCAAUUUAGUAGCAAAGUGGACCAUAGGAGAAAAGGGAGGAGGAGGGACAUCAGGAGGAGGUGAUAGGCAGGUGAGAAGAGGUAAGAGGCCAGAGUGGGAAAUAGAAGAGGAGGGGGAGGAAUUUUUUUAUACUGGAAGGAGAAAUUAAUAUUUGUGCCAUCAGGUUGGAGGCUCCCCAGAGGAAAAAUCAGGUGUUUCUCCUCCACCCUGAGCAUGGCUUCAUCAUGGAACAAGAGGAGGUUAUGAAUUGACAAGUUGGAAAGGGAAUGGGAAUCAGAAUUAAAAUGUUGGGCAAUUGGGAAGUUCUGCUUUUGCCCGGUGAAGCAGAGUUGCUCGAUGAAGCAGUCCCACAAUUUAAAAUGUGUCUGACCAAUGUAAAGGAGGCUGCAUCAGGAGCACCAGAUACAAUAGGCAACUUCAGCAGAUUCACAGGUGAAGGGUUGCCUCACCUGCAAGGACUAUUUGGAACUCUGAAUGGAAGCGAGGGAGGAGGUGAAUAAGCAGGUGUAACACUUUGGCCACUUGCAGUAAUAAGUGCUGAGAGGGAGAUUAGUAGGAAGGGACAAAUGGACAAGGGAAUCACAGAAGGAGCGAUCUCUGCGGAAAGUGGCGAGUGAGGGGGAGGUAAAGGUGUUCAGUGGUAGGAUUCCUUUGGAGAUGGUGGAAGUUGUAUAAAAUGAUGUGUUGGAUGUGGAGG